GUGCAGCUGAAAAUAUAGUAAUAGACUGACAUGUGUGUAAAAACCUAUUUUAAAUUUCUUUCACCACCCAAAUUAAAUAGAAUGAAAAGUAUCAAUGGAAGUUGGAUGUUUAUAUUUACUGCAUUACUAUAUAUAAAACAUGCUAAAGGCUUUCAAUUAAAAAAUCAAGUACUUUGUCUUGAUGGGGGUCCAUGUAAAAUUGUGCACAGAUGGCCGCUAUUCCCCAAAGAAAAUAUUACUUUUACCUGGUAUAGGUUUAAUGAACCUGUGAGCAGCUGCACUACACAAGGACAUUGUACAACAUACAAUGGCUACAUUGACUGGAUUAUAGCAGCUUACAAGCUUGUAGAUGGCACAAUGUUUAAUAAGUUACAAUUUUUAGUUUUAUCUAAAAAUAUUAGUGGUCAAUGGAUCUUGGAGGCAGAUUUUGAAUCAGGUUCAAUACGAUUUCCAUUUACUGUGCAAACAUACAAGAAAAUAGGUAGCGAGAACUGCAGAUUUACUACUGAUGCAGAUAUAUCGCUGAUCUGUUUUGUUCCUUUGGCCCUUCCUGGUACCAGAUGUAGAUUUGUUGAGACAAUUAAAAAGAAACACUAUACACAUGUUACCUACCACACUGCUCCUGUACAUCACAAUGAGUACAUUUCUUUCAACUGUUCAAUCAGACUUCGGGUUACUGAAAAUAUGGAAAAUAGAUUUCACUUUGACGUAAACAUUUUUCACAAUAGUCCAGAAGAGGUAGUACAUUAUGGACCACACGUUUCUGUAUCGUACUGCAUAGGUCCACCUAAAGUUAAAUAUAACUGCCCUGAAGUAGUCCGCGAAGGUGAAGAAUUAAACUGUAAAUGUUUUAAGGACGACGAUUGUAAUAAGCUGGUAACUAUUAAGUUGACACAAGGUACCACGGUCAUUGCACAUAAAGAAAACAUAGCCAAAAUCAAAACUACAAGCGAGGAGAGCAUGGGUAAGCUAAAAGAUUAA